GUUUCUAGUCGGACUUGUUUAGAAUGCGCACACUACAAUGGCAGCAUACGAGAAGGAUAACGUGGACAAUGAUUUAAAUGAUCCAGGUGCUGCUCCUUAUGGCAACUUUAUAAACUAUUACACAUUUAAUCCACCUGAAAACCGUUUAAGUUUGCUGCCUAAUACACUCUUUCAAGAUUUAGGAUACAGAGACAUUCACCAAACUAUGUUGAUGCUCGACGUAGGAUGUAAUUCUGGGGACCUGAGUGUAGCUCUGUACAAACAUUUUGUGCUGACACCAGAAAAGGACGAAAGCUCAAAACCCAGGGCAGCUCACGUCCUGGGUUUCGAUUUGGACGAGAGCCUCAUUCAGCGAGCUCAAGAGACAAAUCCGCUUCCCGAAAACAUUUCCUUUAUUCCUCUAGAUAUCGCCAAGGAUCCCUCAAGCCAGGAUCCACUGCAGGACUACCUCAAACGACAUGGGUGUGCCCAUUUCCAUUUGUGUUUCUGUUUUGCCGUCACCAUGUGGAUCCACUUGAACCACGGAGACGUAGCUCUGUUAAAGUUCCUCUCUCGGCUUGCGUCCCUAAGCCAGCAUAUCGUCCUGGAGGCUCAGCCCUGGAAGUGCUAUCGCUCUGCGGCCCGUCGGCUGCGGAAGCUUGGCCGCUCCGACUUUGAACACUUCAAGAGUUUGAAGAUCAACGGGGAUGUGGCCGACCAUGCUAGGAAACAUUUGGAGACACAAUGCAGCAUGGAGCUUAUCCAGAGCUUUGGCAGCACCACCUGGGAUAGAAAGUUGCUUCUCUUCAAACGAAAAUAAAAAUCCCCUCCAAUGA